UUUCUUCUCGUGUUUCAUUACCACGUUUAUUAUCAUUAUCUUGGGAUAUUGAAUCUUCAGAAACUCGAGGUUCUGGUUUUUUUCCUCUCGGUCAUGAACCUACUUCUUACGUUUCUUCAUCCUUCUCUUUUUCUCCACAAAAAGCAAUAUGGUGGAAUAGUUCAUGA